GCGGCGUCUCCAUGGCGACGGUUGCCCCGGCGACCGCGUUCCUGCUCGGAGGCCAGGCCAGGAGAGGCCUCGGCCUUGCGUGGCCAGACCAGGCCGCCGGCAAGGGGGUAAAUAAUGGAGUCGGAUGAACAAGUGAAUGAAAAUUUAAAAAUGCAGCUAAAGACUCUUCAGGAGCAGCAGCAGAAACGGUUGCAAAUUUUAUUGGAGAAAAAGAAAGAAAAGCAGCAGAAUCUGACCAAGGGCCAGACGGAUGGCCCAAAGGACAUCUUUGGAGUCCCAGACGACCUCGCGUUAUCUACGCUGGACUGUCACGUGCCAAAGGAGGACUUUGGGAAAAGAUUGCUCGAGGAUGAAAUUGAACAGUUGCAUCAGCAGCUCCGGGAGACCGUGGAUGAAAAUGGCCGGUUGUACAGGCUGCUGAAAGAGCGAGACUUUGAAAUCAAACAGCUGCAGAAGAAAAUAGAGGAGGAAAGGCUGGCAUUGAUGGGAACGGGCGGCUUGCCAGGAGACGUCGCUGCCAGUAAAAUCGUCCAGUUGGCCAAACAGAACCGUCAUCUGACUGCUGAGGCCGAAAAGGGGAAGACUAAAGUGAAGCAGCUGAACAACCGGAUCAAAGAGCUGGAGAAGGAAUUGCAUCUGUCAAAGGCCACGGUCCAGUCGCUCGGAGGCAAAGGUGGCCAACCUGUGCUUAAAACAGCAGAAGGGCCCUUGAGCCCAGAGGUGAAGACCUUGCAAGACAAAUUAUCAGCAGCCAACUUGAAAGUAUCCGAAUAUCGCAACCAGCUCCAGACCAUGAAACAAGAACUCAAAGUGGUGCAGAAGCUUUUAGGAAGUGAAGUUGGAGAAGAAGUCAGCGUUCAGAACCUGAUGUCCAACCCCGGCAGCUGGCGUGGGCGAGCCCAGCAGAUUCUAGUCUUGCAAGGCAAAGUCAGGGAGCUAGAGAACCAGCUGGGCCGGAGCAAAAGCAGCCCGUCCUUGAGCUAUGGAGACCAAGACGCUUGCGUUCUCACUGAACCGGGGAGGAAAUUUGACCAGAGGAACCUGCAACGGAUUCGGAGCUUGGAGAGAGAAAAGAAAGAAGCCCUGGAGAAACUGACCAGUGAAUACAGCACCCUCCAGAGGGAUCACGAGGAGGUGAAGAGGAAGCUGGAGGCUUCCAAAGCGAGGAACCAGGUGCUGUCCAGCGAAGUGAAAACCCUGAAGGAGCAGAUCUCAACCUUGCUGGACAAAGGGAAGCACGAUGACGAAUUGAUCGACGCUCUGAUGAGCCAGCAAAAGGAAAUGCAAAUCAUCUUGAAGAAUCUGAGCCAGCAGGAAGAGAGGAACAAGGAAUGCCGCCAGAGCCUGGGGCAACAGCUGAAUGUCCAGGGGCAGAAACAGAGCUGCAUCAUCGAGCAGCUAAAGCAGACGUUGGCCGAGCGAGAAGCUCGGGUGAGAGAGCUGGAAGAGAAGGUCGGGCAGCUCCCGUUGCAGCAUCAUCUCCAUCGACGGGAGGAAGGCAGAUCAGAUUCCGCUUCUUCGCUGUCUGCAGAAUCUUUGGAAGAGGAGCACCGAACGUCAGCGUCCAGGAAGGAAGAUCACAUUGGAAGGAACACCUCUGUGAGAAUCGUGUCUCACAUGGGGCACACCCUGGUGGAUUCUGCUGCAACUUCGUCUUCGGCCACUGUCUCUCCUGUCAGGCCUCUUGAGCUUGAUAACUCAGACGUGAAAGCCAUGACAGUCCAAAUCACGGAGUACAGAGCUCUCUGUCAAGCUGCCGAAGCGGAGCGGGACAGGCUGGUCGAAAUGGUGGGCGUCCUGCAGAAGAGGGUGGAUGAAAGCUGCACGAAGGUCUGGGAGGCCGAGAAGAAGCUUCAAGAGCAGCAGCGCAAGACCGUCGCUCUCGAGCAGCAGCUGGAGACGCUGAAAACGGACGCUGGGAAGCACAGCAGGGCCCCAAAGCCCCCCUCCAAGGGCAAAGCAGGUCAGCCCUCAGGCAGCACCAGACUCAGCUGGAGUACGAAUGAGAAGCAAGAUCCUCUACCUGCUGAACUCUCGGAAGUCCCACCGGAGUCCCAAAUAGAAGACCUGUCCACAAGACUCACAGUCCAACUGGACGAGAACGCUGGCUUGAAGGCUGCCUUGGAGAACCUGAGGAAGAUCAAAGAGGAGGACUUCCGGGCGUACCAGGAGACCAUGGGCCAGAUCAAAGAGAUCUUCCUCCAGGCCCUCCGGCAGCACAAGCAGGAGAAGAGUUAAACCAGGUGCAUCCACAGUGCCCUGCCAAGGGCGGAAGAAUUGCCAGGAAACCCCAGACUUCCUUUGAGACACCAGUUAUACCUGAAACUGACUUUCCAGAGGAGAGUGGGAAACAGAGCCAAUUCAGAUCCUAUUGAAAGUGCUGCUGCUGUUAACAGACUCCUGCCUGUAAGAGAAGGAAAACUGUCCACAAGACCUAACUUGUCCCCGGGGGGCGAACCCUGACCAGUGAGGAACGUACAGAAACUCGGUAGUUUGAGGUCAGCUGUUGUCACACAUCAGGAUGCAUAUUUGAGUUGUCCCCGUCGGCUCACCGGUCCCGUGUUCUAAAUCCAGGUGUAAAGUCUGUAAGGUCGGCCUUCGAAGUUGCCCCGGACACCAGCCGCAGGACCGAUUUACAGGCAACCACGUUGCUCAAAAAAAAUAAACAAAUCUGUAAAUAUAG